AUGGCAUCAUCAUCAGAAACAACUAUACCGCCUUCUAAUGAUAUUCCUACAUCUGAACUUUCAUCACAUCAUAUUCCUGAUAAUGAAGGUGAAGUUCAUUUUACUCCACCACUUUAUCGACAACGUUAUAUGUUUACACUUGAUAUUAUUGAACGUGAUCCUACUCUUUAUUCAUUACUUGAUAUUGGUUGCGGUUCAUGUCAAUUAUUAACUAUUGGCAAAUAUCGUAAUCCUCAUAUACAAUUAGCUGCUGCAGUUGAUAUUGUUCGUUUUGAACUUGAUGAGGCAUGCUUUAGAUUAAAACCAUUACCUGUUGAAUAUAUGGUUUUUCGUCGUGAAACUCCAUUGCAUAUGUAUGUAUUACAUAGUGAUGCAACAAAAAUAUGUAAUUGUUUUCAUCAUUUUGAUGUUGUUACUCUUAUUGAAGUUAUUGAACAUUUAUAUUUAAAUGAUUUAGAAAAUUUAGUAACACAUGUAUUUGCUUAUAUACGUCCUCGUCUUGUUAUUGUAACAACACCUAAUGCUGAUUUUAAUGUUCUUUUUUCAACAAUGCCUUGUGGACAAUUUCGUCAUGCUGAUCAUAAAUUUGAAUUUACACGUCAAGAAUUUAAUAUAUGGGCACAGAAAAUUGCUUUAACUUAUGGUUAUCUAAUCGAAUUUACUGGUGUUGGUGAAGCACCAUUAAAUGAACAAUAUCGAAAUAUUGGUACAUGUACACAAAUAGCUAUCUUCUAUCGUCAAGAAAUCAAUAAUGAAAUAACUUUAACAUCAAAUGAAUUUUUCAAACGUUUAUCUUAUUGUAAACAACAUGAAAUUAUCAGUUUAAUUGAUUAUCCACAUGGUAUUAAACAAAUUACUAAACUUGAUGAACAAGUUCGAUAUAUUCUUGAAAUGUAUCGUUUAAUGGCUGAAGAUAAAGCUCGUCAUGGUGAUGAUAAUCAUGAUACAUAUCCAUUAACUGUAAAUUGUCAAACAUUAAUUAAUCAUCCUCGUUUAAUACAUUUUAAAUUAGUAUUAGAAGAUUUGAAACAGAUUAUUGAAUCUAUUGGUUAUAAAAUGCUUGAUAAUGAUCGAAUUAUUCUUUCUGAAGAUCCACCGAUGCAUUCACGCGAGGAUUAUCAUGAAAAUGAAAAUGAUCUAUGUUUAACUAGUAAAUCAAAUGAAACAAUAGAACAUAAACAUCAAUCGAAUCAACCAGAAGAAUCUUGGGAUUGA